UGAAAAAAAUAGAUAUGAACCGCUUGGCAGUCUGUCCAUGACUAUGGAGAAUCAGAUAUUGCUUGAUAUAAGACCAGUAUUAGACAGUGGACUUGUAACUGAAAUAUUUAGUCAGAAUAGUCCUAUUACUCCUGAAAACUUUAGUCUGGAAACUGAAGUCAUUAAUAAUGCCUUUGAAGAAGGAUUGCUCUCUAGUCAAGACAAUCAUUUAUGCACUGUAAAUGUGGGAGAGACUUUGUUAGAUCACUUCCAGUAUCCACUUACCAUUGAAAAUCAAAAUACAAUAGUAAAAGUUGAAGUGCAGCCACAUGGAAGCAACAUCUGUGAUGAUGAAGACCCUGAAAAAUACAAUGAAUUAAAUCUUCCAGAAGAAGCUGAACAUAUGCAUCCACCCUAUGUGCCUUCAAAUGGUCUCCACUUUCUUUCUUCCGUAGCGAUGCAGCAUAAAAAUUGCAGUGUUCCAACUUCCAACAUUUUCUCUCCAGAAGGAACCGUUGAACAAAAUGUCAGAAUGUUACCAGUGUUCAGAUCAUUCAUACCUCCACUUGCAGGUGAGAAUAAAUGUAUUUGUUAUGAUCAAUUUAAAGGAAUCCAAAACAGUACUAUACAGUUACAAAAUUUGAUCAGUUGCUUAAAUGAAUCUUCCAGUGAUAUCUGUGGCUUACCUCAGACUAGUGCUUCUAUCUACAAUGACAUAGUUAUCUGCCAGCUGGAAGGAGGUACUCAAAUACUCUGUAUAAACAGUUGUGGCACACAAGAGCUAAAACCAGUCCAUCUAAUUCCCGAGUAUCAUGACCAACAUAAUUAUCUUCAAUCAGAUGUGGACAACCCUGUAACAUCUGUACCGGGACAGUUUUUGCCUAUUCCAGGUGAACCUGUUCUGAAUGAACAAGAGUUUGAAAAUGGACCCUUACAACCAGUAGCUGGCACUGCCACAUUCCAUCUAGAAUCACAUCUGCAUGGGCCAGUGAAAAUGACCUCAGAGGGCUUACCUUUUGGUUCAGGGGUUACAAAGUCUAAGAAACCAUGUAACUGCACAAAAACUCAGUGUCUUAAAUUAUACUGUGAUUGCUUUGCCAAUGGUGAUUUUUGCAACAAUUGCAACUGCAGUAACUGUUACAACAAUCAACUUCAUGAAAGUGAGCGAUUUCAAGCAAUUAAGGCCUGUCUUGAUAGAAACCCUGAAGCUUUCUUACCAAAGAUUGGGAAAGGGAAACCAGGAGAAAUUAAACCUCACCAUAACAAAGGAUGUAAUUGCAAGCGUUCAGGAUGCCUCAAGAAUUAUUGUCAGUGCUUUGAGGCUAAAAUUAUGUGUUCCUCUAUUUGCAAAUGCAUUGAUUGCAAAAAUUAUGAAGAAAGUGCAGAAGAAAAAAACCAGCUGAAUGUGCUAAACUACAUGGAGAUUGGAAAUAGUGAAGGAAAUAGCCCAUUUUUAACAUCAACAUUCAAAAUGUUACCAAAAUUGAAGACAGACAGGCAACCAGCUUUACGCAUGUCUUUGGAAGAAGUGAAAGCGACGUGUGCUUGCCUCCUGGUGCAAGCUGAAGAGGCAGAAAAAAGAGGUUACUCUCUCCGUCUAGCUGAGCAGAUGAUCAUGGAGGAAUUUGGGAGAUGUUUAUCCCAGAUCCUACAUGCAUAG